GCAAAGAGCGUCGAAGAGUACUGACCGGUUUCAUGGAUACUUUUUUUCCAAGUUAAUUGCGUUCAUCCGUCGUUUUCGCCUUUUACCAUAAAGUCCUCGAACUUUGCAAGUAAACCCUCCUCUGAACAGGGUGAAGCUGCAUAAAGACCAAUUUGAUGAAUGGCAUCGGGGUUGAUAUCGCCCUGUCGAAUUUGCAUCCAAUCGUGGCUGUCUUCAGAAAUAUAAACCUCCAAACCGUCUCCGAUCUUUUUGGCAUGGACCCACAUAUACUCGGCCAAGUGCUUCAUGAUUUAUAUGUUUUUGUGUAGCCAGAGACAAUAAGAAUUAAUGAAAUGUAAAUCGUCAUCGUUUCAAGACGAGCAAAUGGAUUUAUUUCCAUCGGAACACCCRAAGGAUAUUUUUCAGGAGGAAAGCAUUGGAUCAUCAAAACAAGCGAAAUGAGUGAGUUGAAAGAAGGUGAUUGAAUCAUUCGUGUAGUCUGCAAACUCUCCAGCUCAUUCUGCAGUUCUUUCGCUAUCCUUACCGGGAGCGGGUGCAUUGACAUGUCCGAAUAGUCGUGGGUAAUGGUCGCGCACAUGUGUGGAACAUCAUCGAUCAGCUGGAUACCGAACUUCACCCAGUUGUCUUCGUCCUCUCGAACCAUGAUUCCGGCUUGGUCAUCCGCGCUUUCGUAGUUGGCUUUCACCCUGCAACGCACUUCAAAGUCGCCCUCGAUUUCCAGAAAGUAAAAGGGAGCAUUGUCCACGCACACGUCCGUUCCCGUCAUGCGCCAAAAGUCCGUGCCGGAAGGAGCCCUCAUUUCAACAGUUGUUCUGUGCUGGGACCACUCCUCGGGUUCCGAGAGCCAGUGCAUGCCGGUCCUUGGUUCCGGAUAGUCCUCGCUAUCGUCGUCAUCGCCCUCGUCUUCGUUUUCAUCCGGACGGUUGCUCUCGUCUUCGUAGGAUUGGGAGUCGUCAGACAUUUUUCUUGGUUGGAUUGGAUUCUGAAAGAAACAAAGGAAGUAAAURCUUGAGAAGAGCAAGCCCCCAGGCUUUUUUGGUUCCGCUUUCUUCAAAGGAUUUGAGAAUGAUUCCAAAAGGUGGUCAACGAGAUUCCUCUUGGUCGUCCGUCAAUUUUGUUCCUCGUUACUUCAAUUUUUUUACCUGUGCGUCGAGUACAACUUUUUACGGUGCGGAUUCCUCCUCAGAAGUACUGUAACUAAGGAGUCAUUCUGUAUGCGUGAACGUAAUUUACUCGUAAUGCAAAGAGCGCAGAGAUGGUCAUAACAAAGAAUMAAUGACCAUCAAAAUAUUUAUUAGAGAUAUUAAACCCAACGUCUCAAUUACGAUGACCAUAUCACCAGAAAUACGAUAUUAAGAAGUACAGUACUGUACUUUAGUAGAAGUACUUUAAAGUAUUUUGAAUUUGAACCGUACGUAACAUACUGUAACAUAAGUACAGUACUUCGUAUUACAGAAGUAGUUCUGUAGUUCGUACUGUACGUACGGUACUACAUUCAAGGGAUUGGGAAAGACCGGCGGGUUUGAAGCAAGAAGAAAUUGCUGUUCCAAAAAUCUGCUUCAUGUAAACACUUCAUAKAUCUACUUUGAUUAUUACUCCUGGAUAAAAACAAUACAAAUACAUCGACAAUCGGAUAGAAUUAAAGAUUGCCCUCACUCAUACUAUCACAAUAGAAAACAUACUUGUCUUCUUCUCAGGACGGCACAACUAUUUGUUACCAUGAACGUUGAACAGAGGACCAUGCGGUGGACGAACGAGCCAGAGAAAUGGAAGGUGUGUUUUGAGAAUGGUAUUCUGCGAAUAUUCGAGAGAAACAUUCUGUGACUUGGAGCAAAGUUUUGCAUAAGUGAUUAUCUCUUCUUUCAUGAAUUUGAUUUGUAAAUGGCACAUUUUCUACCAUUCGCCCUUUUGAGCCAGCUCUGAUCGAAAUGUUGUUUUUCUUUUUUGGCGUUUCCCACUACCAGCGGAAAGAAGAUGGCAUUAAAGUGACUUGUCCAAUGGAAACGGAUUUUUGGAGAGGAACAAUGCAUGGUUAUAACAAAGAUGAUGGUCCUUUUUAUUGGAUGAUUGCCGAGAACAAUUUUGAGGCAAGACUGUCGUUAAAAGUGAAAUUGAAAGAAUUGUACGAUCAGGCGGGAAUGAUGAUACGCAUAGACUCGGAAAAUUGGAUUAAACUAGGAAUCUGCUGUUAUCGCGAUCAGCCCCACGUAAGCUGCUGCUUUACGCGAGGUGUGUCUGACUGGUCAACUCAUCGUUUGUCACAGACUAAGGUUGAUCACUUUCACGUAUGGGUGAAGAGAAAAGAAGAAGUGAUUGAGUGUUUCUAUUCUUUGGAUAACGAGAAUUGGACUCGUAUCCGACAGGGAUACUUCUCGGACAGGCCGAGACUCAAGGUUGGUAUGAUGUGCGCCGCCCCCGAAUCAGCAGGAUUUAAAGUGACGUUUUCAGAUCUUUUGAUCAAGAAUCUUGACGAUGAUGGCGAUGGCGACAGCGACAGCAACAACUAAAGUUUGGACAACCAGAGGUCUCGAGGACGAAGGUCUUCGCGGUACUGAAGACUGAUCACUACUCACAUCAGUGAGCUUGCAUCAUAACAUACCUAACAGUUUUGAAACAGACGUGGGUUUACGAAAGUCAUUGUCACAUUCUACUACUACGUAAUGCUUUGCCUUUCGAAGCAAUAUCUAACUUUUAUUCUUAAUUAUUAUUGUGCCGUUAGCACGAAUUAACAAUUGAGUGGAAGACUGGAUUGCAACCGUAAUACCAAGCAAAAAAGGACUAUCCAAUGUGUGUAGCAAAGUKAUGUGUAUCAGUCAUACCAUAUGACUACACCAAAGAGUCAUUCGACAUUAUCGCGCAGCGGGCAGCCACAUCGAGCUGCGGUAGACUAGCCGGCAAAUUCAGCGCGUACGCAAACAUGACCGGAGGGACAAAUGCCAAAACUAUGUGGAAGGCUGCGUGGGACCACCCGCCAAUCGGAUAUCCACCGAAAAGCCACCCCGCAAGUGCGAAAAUGACAAUAAGUUUCGAGAAAGAUGCAAAAUCUCCUUUGUGCAGAAUUGGAAUCGCAAACAACAAAAUCGACAUUGCAAUCCGUUUUUGGUUUCGUUUUGGCACCACUUUUUCCAAGAACAGGAGAUACAUGCAUUCCGCGUUGAAGAGAGCAUUCACAAAGAAGAAAUCAAAUCGUCCACUUGAAGCAUAUGAAAGACAAGCACAACAGAAAUGAAUCAUCGCUUGGUCCAUUCGGCGGCUCCAAUGAGUUGUUCUUGGYAAACCUGGAGGAAGACGGUGGGCGUAUCUCCAAUGGUAGAUCAUCGAAAAGGGAGCAUGGCAGAGAAUGCCCACUGCUGCUGCCACAGGAGCCGCAGGAGGUAAUGCGUGCAAGUUUGGAAACCAGGUAGAAUGGAUGCAUUGGGAAACGUCAAAUUUGGUAUAAUCAAUCAAUCCAUUAACAUGCUCUUCGAUAAAUGAUUUACUGAGCCACGACCCAGAGAGAAAAAACAUAAUACAGUAAUAGGUGCUUGGUAGAACAGUCAAGGCGUUCAUUCGUUCUUGAAAUGGUGUCAUCUCUCGAGCAGCCAUGUAUUUCCCUACUUCGCAUUCUUUCUGAGUUUUCGCAUUUGUGUAACUUUCAAUGUCAUUCGUGAUGUUUUCGUUGUUUCGGUCCUUUCGGAGUCUUCUCCUUCUUCCGCUCGUUGUCUCGAACGCAUAUCCACUGAAAGAGCUGUCGUCGGAAGAAGUGUCGUCACUUCCCAAGAAAACCAACGAUGCUAUCUCAUCUUCGGAGCGCGGCCGAUCAACACCAAUUACAUGUGAUGAUUGGAGAGAUUUCUCUARCACGUCCACGUCAUCAGUCUUUCUAUCACAAUUGCUCUGGCGAUAAGGAGAUGGGGAUCGUCCACGCGUUCGUGAGACCAUGGAUGUAGUCAUUAUCCUUCCUUCCAUAGUUAUGACUUGAUGUAGUUUUGCUUUUUGUCAACAAAUCCACGACUUGUAUCGUGUUUUGCCCUUCUUAUCAACUGCUUUCAAUACGGGCAGAGAUUCGGUAACGACACAGGUCCGUUUUACUUCGAAAGAAAGUACGACUAGCGUACUACAGUAGUAAGAUGAUUCUUCCGUCUUCUUGUUGGGAUGAGAUAACAGUACCAGGUASGGGUACGAAGAGGUUUUAAUUUCGAAUACUKGAGAAGGUGAGUAGGUUUGUGUCGUGAGAGCGAGAAAGCAAUGCUUUUUCUUGUAUGCAAAGCCGUGACGGCUUCGUAAAUUACUACUGCUGCGGCAAUGAGAGUUCCGAUGUCCGCCACGUACAUUUUCAGGUGCGUUAGGAUUUUGUUUUUUACUGACAAAAAAGGAGAACGAAUUACAGACGGCACAUGAACAACAUCGAAUUCUAAGAUAUCGAUGCGUACGUGCGUCGCACGGAUAAAAAGAUUCAUGAACUGUGCAUCGAAAUCGACUCUCAUACUCUUGUCCUGAUGCAAUCUGAAGAACAAACGUGACAUGUCCACUACCUUCAGAUCCGACUCGAGCAUUGAAGGGAAACGUUUGCGAGAGAAAAAUAAAUACGAUGGCCAAACACGAACGCAAGGAAUUCUUUGUUCUUCCUUUUCACGAACAAGAAGCGAAAGUAGAGUGUGCAUGCACGAAUACGGCAAGAGCGGCGAUAAUUAUUUGUUGCUUUAUUCUACAAACUCACCUUUUCUGGUGGUGAAAACGAUUUGCCCUGUCAGAAGUUCUUGGUCAAGUUGAUAUCAAAUUAUGGUUGCGCAAAAGACUUUCUGGGUCGCUACUAUUGUGGCACUGGUCUGUUAUGUUGCAGGAAUUAUUGUCGCAGAUAUACGAAUCUAAUGGCAUUGAUAGGAUGGUUGAUUUGAAAACUUUUUAGUUGAGGGAAACCUUCUGGCGUGCASGGGCGAAUCAAUCGAUUGGUUGAUUGGUUGAUUUAGGGUCGUUGAUUGAUUGAUGAUCUGAAUUGAGAGUGUCAUUAACUUCCGGGACGAAAUGUGUCAGAUCUCAGAUCUCACCAAAACUCAAAUGCUGUGAAGAGUAGGGCAACUAAAACUUCAAAAACGACCUGUCGUGCGAAUCAAUCGAAUCGUGACAWGGUCGCAGGGGUAUUUGGUAUUUUUAUUUUGGACUUUAUCGUGUAUGUACCGUACAGUGUUGGACAGCGUAGAGACAUACCGGUACCUAGGUAGAGUUCGUGGGCGGGAAAUAGGAAAUACAGUACCAGAACGAACGCGUACGUACCAGUAACAGUAUUAACUAGUACGUACUCGUACUGUAAAACUGCUACGAAGUACAAUUACGUACUUUUAGUCACCCCUGCUUUUAGUACAGUUCGGAGCUGAACCGUUAGUGCGUUACAGUACCACCGGCAGGGGUCUGGGCUCUGAGUACGUACGAGUAAGGUACCGAUACGUAAGCGCGAGAAGAAUGAAAACAAAAAAUGUGC